GGUCUGAAAGGUCCAAUGGGUCUUCCUCUUUCUGAGCUCUCAGUUCUUUCUUUUUCACUCUCAGAAGCUUGGAUUGGAAGGUGGGACCGUAAAAUGGGAAGGUCUCUAAGAAGGAGAGGCGCCACCGGUGGUGACGAUCUACUUCACGCCGCCGCCAGGAACGGCGACCUGAGUUCUGUCAUUUCAAUUUUGGCAUCUAAUGCUUCGUCUGUCAAUUCCAGAGAUAAGCACUCCCGGACUCCACUGCAUUUAGCAGCAUGGUCUGGACAAGCAGAGGUUAUAAAUUAUCUAUGCAAGAACAAGGCCGAUGUUGGUGCUGCUGCCAUGGAUGAUAUGGCCGCAAUACAUUUUGCAUCUCAGAAGGGACAUUUAGAAGUUGUUCGUACUUUGAUCUCACAUGGUGGAUCGACAAAAGCUUCUACUCGAAAGGGUAUGACCCCACUGCACUAUGCUGUGCAAAGUUCCCAUUUGGAGCUUGUUAAGUACUUGGCAAGGAAAGGUGCAAGUUUGAGUACUAAAACGAAGGCAGGACAAACCCCUCUUGAUUUGGCUAGCAACGAGGAAAUCCGCUUAUUCUUGGAAGAGCAUGAAAAAUCAUCUAAGAAAGAAGAGCUAAAAGAAAAAGGGAAAGCCGGGACAACUCAACCACAGCCAACUGCGUCGGUAGAAGAUGGGGCACCCACUGCAAAGUCGAACGAAACUGAAAAUGAAGACGAUUCAGGGGUUGAGCAGUCAAAGAGGCCAAGCGAUGAAGAAAACCAGGGGAUCGAGCAGUCAAAGAGGAAGAGUGAUGAGGCUGUUGGGGAGGAAGCCUUGUCAAAACCGAAGAAGGCGAAAGUUGCCCUUGGCCAUCUUCUAACAUCGGAUGACACACAAGAGGACGAUGAAAACUCAUAAAAGUGGCGUCGAGUGGGUCGUGUAACCAGCAUCGUUUAUAUUUCCUUCUCCAGAUGUGUAUUAUCAAUUCCAUAAUUUUAGGCAUAGACCAUAGACCUUUGAAGGUAACAUACUUUUGUUUUAGCAUUUGUAUCUUCCUAAUUUAACCUUCACUUCAAAGGGUUGAUAGAUAGUUAUCUCUAACCCUUCUGUCUUAAUGUUUCUGUAGUUGAAUGUGGAAAAAAAUUAUACUUCGGUAUAUAAGGAUUAAGUU